UUAGAAUAUUUCGUCGUAUGGAUGAGGAUGGCAAUAAGAAACUAAAUCUUGAAGAAUUCAAAACGGGUUUAGAAGAAACCGGACUAGAACUCACUGACGAUGAAAUUAAUGAAAUCUUUCAAAAAUUUGACACUGACGAAGACGGAAACAUUAGCGUUGACGAAUUUCUCGUCGGCAUAAGACCACCAAUGUGUCAGAGUCGCAAAAGUGUAGUAGAGCAAGCAUUCCAGAAAUUGGACAAAACUGGUGAUGGACGAAUCACUAUUGACGAUUUACGAGGGGUUUAUAACGUGAAAUGUCAUCCGCGUUAUAUCAGUGGCGAGGAAAGCGAAGAAAGUAUUUUAAAUAAAUUCCUCUCGAAUUUUGAACACGGGAAAAAUGAAGAUGGCAUCGUAACGGAGGAGGAAUUUAUGAAUUAUUAUAGUGCUAUUAGCGCGAGUAUAGAUCAUGACGCAUAUUUUGAUUUAAUGAUGCGCAACGCUUAUAAGCUGUAAAUCUUAUUCUCUGUACCUAUAUUUUGUGAGAUAACUAGCCGAUUUUGCAUUCAUCUGUACUACAAUCGUCGAAUGAAUUAAUAAUUCUAAGAUUGCUAUGCAAUAUAUAGAUUAAUAUCAUUGUCACAUUACAAGGAAUCUUAGUUAAAGAGUCUUAGUUUGUCAUUAAACUCGCACAUAUUCCAAUCGCAAUUUAGCGAAAAUAUACUGUUAUAUUAUUUCUAAUAUUAAUGUGUGAAUCAUUCAUAUACUGAUAAUCAAGUUAAAACGGGUAUAAUGUAAUUUCUAACUAAUUAUUUUAAUUCAUCUCGAAAUAUCCUUAAUCAAGAAGAAGAAAAAGAAUUGCAUAAAAAUCUUAAGAAUUCUGUUAAAAAUUAACCUAUUACUACUGCUCUCUAAUCUUUCCCUCUUUUUUUAUUGGACUCUUUGAUUGUCAGAUAAUUGAGAUAUAAUUUAUUUAUUUACUUCUAAACUAGUCAAGUUGUUUAAAUUAGUGGAAAUAGAAACAAAAAAUACAAAGCCGAUAAUUUUUUUUCUUCUUCCUUCUCAAUGAUUUAUUAGUUAUUUAUAAAAAAAAGUUGGUUAUAGGGUCCAAUUCUACAACACGAUGUUGCGAGAUUUUACAAACAUUCCUCUUUGUAUAUCAUAUGUUUAUGUGUAUCAUAUAUUUCUUUGAAUAAAUACUUGUGAAAGUGAAA